ACAGGUGCUAAGAAGUGGGGCUCCUCUCUCUCUACAGGACACCCACCCCCACCCCACCCCACCCGUCCCCACCCCCUAUGAGAUGAGUGCAGCCCAAGACCCUGCCCAUGUGGUUGCCACCCAGGCGAGGCUGCGGGGCCGGAGCCAUGGAGAUGGGGGCAGCGGGGCUCUCUGUUCCCGCCAGCACCAGGAGCUUCGGGCCUUUCUCUGCCUUCUGGAGCACAGCUUCCUUCAGGAAUUCCUCUCCAGAGAUCCCUGUUUCCAGAUUUCAGAUAAGUACCUCCUGGCCAUGGUGCUGGUCUACUUCCGGCGCGCCAACCUGAAGCUCAGCGAGUACACCUGCAGCAACCUGUUCUUGGCGCUGUUCCUUGCAAACGACAUGGAGGAGGACCUGGAGGAUGCCAAGUGUGUGAUUUUUCUAUGGGCCCUGGGCAAAAGAUGGCAUAGUCAGGUGGCAGACUUCCUGCGUCAGAGGGACCAGCUGUGGGCAAGGAUGGGCUUCCGGGCUGCCGUGAGCCGCCAGUGCUGUGAGGAGGUCAUGGCCAAGGAGCCGUACCAUUGGGCCUGGACCCGGGAGCGGCGCCCCCACCACGGCGGGGCUCAGAGGAGCUGCCCACAGGCCCAGGCUUCCCUCCCGAGGGGCCCCGGCCUCUCACCACCCUACUGUCCCCUGUGUGGUGUGCCCUCUCUCUGUAGCCGCUGCUGCCACCAGCCCUGCCCCUUGCCUGUCUUACCCACAUGUCCUUCCCCCAACCCCGAGUGGUACUGCCCUCCUUCCCACGCUUGUCUCUCAGUGGCCGAAGACCCCUGGGGUGGGGGCUUCCUCAUGGUCCUGCCCCCGCAGCUGCAUCUGGAGCCAGGCACCUACACGCUCCACAUCCUCCCAAAGCCUCCGUCAGUGCCCUCGGCGCUGACACCCGCAGGGUGAAGAGCAGCCCCCUGCAUGCCCGCCGACCCGACGCUCUGCGGGCCGUGGCCCCUUGGCCUCCUGUCCUGUGGGCCUCAGGCUGCCAGUGCUGCCCCCUGCCCACCCCCUGCCCCCUCCUCCCAAUCUGCAGCUUGUACCCACUCUGAUUCUGUACCCACCCCCACUCCCCCCGCAAUAAACUCGUGUCCGCAGGACACUAGCUGUGCUCAGGCCCUGGCCUAGCUCCUUGACCCAGGGUCGGGGGAGGGAAGGCGCUGGGGUGGGGGGGGGGGUACCAUCAGGUUUAGAUGUCAGUGGUUGAGACCCACGAACACGACAAGGUCUGUGGUAGCUCUUCUCCUUCUCUGUGGUGACCAGUCAUCCCUAGCCUGAGUGUCCCCUCUGUGACCCCACCCACGCAUGAGAUCUACACAGCGUAGGUGGGACUGAACGAGAUGAGGUCUGCGCAGCCCUUGGAGGAGGGCCUGGAGCCAAGUGGCCCAAAAAGAGGCUCAGACGGAAACCCGCUCUGCGCUAGAAAUGCCUGGCGGCCAGGUCUGUUUAGGGGAUGACUUGGGUUUUGCCCUGGGCUGCAAUCAAUACAAUGUAAUUAUUAUAGAACAUCCCCUCCCCAAAAGGAUACUUGUUAAUCAAGGGGUAGGAAAGGCUUUCCA